UCCCUUCCCUCCAGAGCAGCAGCAGGACCUGCUGGAGCAGCCUCAGGUAGCCUUGGAGACUGAGAAACCACCCAAAUCCUGAUCCUGGGGAGAGAAAACCCAUGGGGACUGGAAUGAGCAAGAUUGUCACCGGCCUCUACCUGGGGAAUAUUCGUGACUCUGAGGACCACGAGAAGCUGCAGAGCAAGGGGGUGACCCACAUCCUGUCCGUCCACAGCGGCGCCAAGCCCGUGCUGGAGGACAUGACCUAUCUGUGUAUCCCAGCCUCGGAUUCAUCCAGUCAAAACCUGCUGCAGCACUUCAAGGAGAGCAUCCAGUUCAUCCACGAGUGCAGGCUCGCAGGGGGAGGCUGCCUGGUGCACUGCCUGGCCGGGGUGUCCCGCAGCAGCACCCUGCUGGUGGCAUACCUGAUGACAGUGACAGAGCUGGGCUGGCAGAGCUGCCUGGCUGCCACCAGGGCCGUCCGCUCCUACGCCAGCCCCAACCCCGGCUUCCAGCAGCAGCUGCAGGAGUACGAGAGCACCCUGCUCCACGAGUACCGCGCCUGGAUCCGCCGGGAGUACGGCAGGAACCCCUUCCAGGACCAGGAGGAGCUGCAGCGCCUGCUGGGGCAGCAGCCUGGGCACAGGGAUUGAUCCUGGCUCUCCUCCUCAGCUCCCACCUCGUCCCCUCCGUGCCGUGCAGGUGGCACCGCUGGUGGCACUGACGGUGGCAGCAGGUGGAUGAGCAGAUAAAGCAGCCAGGCUGUUCCUGGGGCUUGGAAAAUUCAGUUUUCCCUUUGCCAAGCGCCUGCAGGGAUUGGUGUGUAGGGCACAAAGCUGCCAGCAGCAGGGUGGAGCAGGGGACAGGAGCACAGAGCCCCUGGCAGCUGCCAGCUCCAUGGAUGGGGGGCUCUUGGGAUCUCUGCUGGUCACAGUGACCCCCCAGAUAUGUUAGAAAAUCUCUUUUCCCAGCCUGCAGUUCCUUUCCUUUUCCUUUCCUUUUCCUUUUCCUUUUCCUUUCCUUU